GUCGGAACUAUUAAUGAUCCCGCAUGAUUUACAGAGCGGAUUAAUAAUUGUAAUUAUGCGGCAGAGAGAUUCAUUACGUAAAAUCCGUAUUAAAACAUCCUUUCGUGGCUUAUCGGCUUUUCCAUGGUAGCAGAAGAUAAAAGUGUGGCGAGGAGAACGAAGAGAGGGUUGUAUCAUAUAGAGCGGAUAUUUCAGACAGACAGUGUAGAAAAGAAUGAUAGUAAUUGUUUGUGUGACAGUUUUGUCUUUUUAGUUAUAGCACAAUAUUUAUUUACUAGCUUAAUUUAUAAAGACUCUGAUGUUCAGUGAUUAUGAAUCGUUUACGUUCUUUGGCCAUUCCCUUGCGUUUCACAUCUGUUCAUCCCAUCAAAAUUGUGCUGAUUUAAAAGCUAAGAGUGCAAUGAUAAGUCAAGAUCCAAAAUGUUAAUGAUCGGAAACGGGAGCAAGAUAUACGAUUCGCUCGCAUUUUGUUCUUGCUCAUACCGCGAAGAAUGAGCGCGGCGGGUGAAAGUGGCGUCAACAAAGUAAGAAAACUCGUCUUUUUUUUCAUUCUUUUACGUUGUCAUCCUCCGGAAGAGAAAAGUCCUCUCAGCGACUAAUAGGAAAAACGUGAUCGCCUGCUUGGCAGCAGCGAAGAAAAACGAGCGAUGAGAGGAAGUAUCAGCGCAAUAAAUCGAACCCACGUUUGCAGUCGCAUCUCAAUGCCUCAUCUUGUUCUUCACGUUUCGCAUGUACUUCUCACUCUACGUAGAAUCGAAAUGACGUCACGCGUCGGCAAAUUAAGGACACUGUGGCUGUUGCUCACCCUUGUUGUUCUUCUCGAUGGCUCACCGGCGAUGAAAAAAGUCAGCAAGACUCCAGCUGGUUUUCGAUAUUCUCAGGAUUUAAACGCGGAGGCUACUGGCCAUGGAGGCGGUGACAGACACCACGAAGAGGGAGCCGGCUCGAAACACAACGAGGACCACCACGACACGCACGGCCAUAAGGGCGAUAAGGGUUACAAGGCUUUCCAUGAGUCUGAGAAAAGCGAUAAAGGACAUCACGAUAAAGCGAAGCACAAACAAGAGUAUAAGGAGGAAGAUGGUGAAGAGAAGAAGAAUCACGAAGAAGCUGGGCAUUAUGGCGAGGAGCAUCACGGUGAGGAGGGUAAGAAGCACGCAAAGUUUGGUGAAGAGGGCAAGCACCAAAAAGGAUAUAGUACGAAGGGAGAGCACAGUGUAUUCAAAAAGGAUGAGUAUGAGAAGAAACAGGAUUUUUAUGACGAAUAUCACGAGGAUGGAGGAAGUGAAAAACACGGUGGUUGGCAUGAGGAACACGAAGGCAAGAAGGGUGGUCAUGAAAAGAAAGGCUCUCUACAUGCGGGACACCACGAGGGUCAUCAUGGUGCGGAAAAGAAGCACGAGGGAGGUCACCAUCAUCACGAAAAGAAAGGUCAUAAAUCGGCAGAAGGGCACGAUAGUCAUCACGACCAUAAUGAGAAACACGGCCAUAAAGGCGGACAUGCAUCAGGACACAAAUGGUCGAAAUCAAAUCAUCAUUGACAAGGCACAACAAAACUUACUUUUAUAUAAUCGAAAGCGUUUUACUUACGUUUAUUUUGUCGAGAAUUUUACGGAUAGAAUAAAGCUGCAUGUUUGGAGCGACAUCGAAUGGUGUGAAUC